GUGGUAUCACGAUAUUGAAGAGAAGUUUCCAUGGGUACAUUUGUAGGUCACAUUGUACCUGGUUUGGCCUUAACCCUUCUCGGGUUAUGGCACACCGUUAACACCAUCAGAGCCUUCUGCAACAAAGGCUGCACUAAAUUUACUGUAAAGUUCUGGUACCCAUUUUAUGGCCCCUUUUCGAGACUGAAACACUUGGAGCUCAUCUUCAUUCUAUCUUUCUCAGUCUUGGCGAUUUUUAUGCAACUCUUGGACUUCCCUUUCCUUCGCUUUUCUUUUAAGCUUGAUAGCUUUGAGCAUGCAAGCAUAUUUCUCCAGCUUGCCAUAUUUGCAGGUUUUACUCUUUCCGCAGAGAUAUCUCAGUCUUCUGAUAUCCUUUCUGGCGUCAGUGGUAUGCUUGCAGCCUUUGUUUUUGGCCAAGAGCUUUUCCUUCUGCAUUUCCACUCCACUGAUCAUGUUGGACUCGAAGGUCAUUAUCAUUGGCUCUUGCAGCUCAUUGUGUUCGUCUCUCUUUUGGCAGCUUUAGCCGCAACUAAUUUUCCAAACAGUUUUCCAGCGGCUCUUGUCCUUUCAAUCUCAGUUGUCUUUCAGGGAUGUUGGUUUAUGAACAUGGGGUUUAUGCUGUGGUUUCCCGAUUUUAUUCCAGAGGGCUGUCUUAUGCAGUUUGCUGAGGCCAGCAUUGAUGAUAUGCAUGGAGCAGUCACUUGUGGAUCCCUUGCCGCAGAAUUAAGAGCUACAGCACUGGCGAACCUGCAAUUCAGCUGGAUACUUGCUGGAAUUUUGUUGCUCACAGGGUGUAUUUGCCUGAAAUUAGCUGGAAAAUGCACCCCAAGAAGCCAGUCAACAGAGUAUGAGCAACUUCAUAUUAGAGGUGUCCCUAUAGCCAUUGAUGGCUUCAAGCAAACUGAUCCUUGAGAUAUUGCAGUGUAUCAAAUUGGGGAUGUUUAUGCCUGUCAUGAUAUGAAUUACCAUAGCUGUUAAACUAUUGUGCUUUCUGCCAGUACACUCAAGAGGUAUUCCUGUCCCUUAAUUAUCAGGAUGCUUUGAUAUAAAAACCUCGUGAAGCCAAGUGAGAUUGACAGCGUGUGACUUCUAUUAACCGAGAGUUAGGCCAGCAGUUCUAUCGUGUAAUAAAGUUGAUGUACCUUCUGGAAUGGAAAUAAGGCCCUCCUUGAUGAGUAAUUUAUAUUCUGAUCACAAACUACCGAGAAUAUGUUUCCGU